ACGGCCGAAUGAGCCUUUGAUUAUUUAUUAAAAAAAACUCCAUUUGGCUGUAAUUUUAACUGUAAAUAUCGUUACCCACUGCAUCAUUGAUCCUCGCUUUCCAAUUGUCCGUGAUUAUUUUACUGAUACAUUGUUUUUUUACCAUUGAUUAUCGCGGAUACGAGUCCAGAGCAGCGUGUCACUGUCCCGUCGUCGCGAGCUAUAGUGUGACAAAAUAUCAGUGAUUGAAUAAAAAGAAAAGCAAGAUGACGGACCAGGCCGCUGAACAACAGCCUAAAAAGGCCGUGCCCAAGGACGCCAAAGCCGAAAAGACGGAAAAAACCGAAAAGACAAGCAAGCCCCUCAGGAAGAGGCAUUUCAAGAGACACGGUCGUCUCUACGCCAAAGCCAUUUUCACCGGCUACAAAAGAGGUCUUCGGAACCAGCACGAGCACACUGCUCUCCUGAAAGUCGAAGGAGCCAAAUCAAAACUGGAUUCUGACUUUUACAUUGGCAAGCGAUGUGUCUAUGUUUACAAGGCUAAAAAUAAGACUCCAGUUCCCGGACAAAAAAAGAAGAAGACCAAGGUCAGGGCUAUAUGGGGAAAAGUCACACGUCCACAUGGAACAAGUGGAUCAGUCCGAGCCAAGUUUAAGAGGAAUUUACCUGCAAAGGCAAUGGGUCACAGAAUAAGAAUCAUGUUGUACCCCAGCCGAAUCUAAUUAUUUUUAAUGAGAAUGUUGAUAAUAAAAAAAACCUUUUUGGUACCAA